AUGGCACCACCGCACUCUCAGCAGCAACUUCCUCAGCAGCAACAUCCUCAGACGCCGCACCCUCAGCAGCACCCUCAGCAGCACCCUCAGCAGCAUCCUCAGCAGCAGCACCCUCCGCCGCCUCCCUUCCAAGAUAACCCUCCUCCGCCACGACACAUGAAUUACGAGAAUGGGCCAUCAUUGCCUCCGACUCCCUCAGCAUAUCGCGCUCCCAGCUUUCCCCCUCCUCCUACACCGAUGGCGCACCAGUCUUCCUACGAACAGACCCCCAGCUACCAACCCGCGGAACCUUUCUACAACGUUUACUCAACCCAGAAAAAGAAGAAUACUAGAGCUUCACAGGCAUGCGACCAGUGUCGACAACUCAAAGCCAAGUGCGACGAGACGAAACCGUGUAAAACCUGCAGAGACAAGGGCACGGAAUGCCGAUAUCGCGACCCCGUGCCAAAAGCAACCGAUAAAGCGCAGGCCGAUAUUCUGGAUGGUAUCUCGAGCAUGCAGUCUACGCUUGCCACGCUCGCGGAGCGCUUCGGGCACAUGGAUGAUAGGUUGACCAAGAUGGAAGCAGUCUUCUCAAAAACGCCAAACUUUCUUCAGCUUAAACGAGAUCCCAGUCAUGAUCCAGAGCUCAAGCACAUGUCAAUGCCCGCUCCGGGCUCACCACGUCCGCCGGACGAGUACAUGGUGGAUCGAUCUCCCGUGGAUGAAAUUUCUCGCGACCACCCGGUACUGUCUACUGAAUCGGUGCCCGCAGAGUCAGUGCCCACUGAGCCUGCGGCUACUACAUACAUGGCCGAAGACGAGAUAGAGGCGGAACCUGGCCCUCCCGUCCCCCCGGGAGAACCUGCAAUCCCCAUCAACCAUACUACUUUGGCCGGCCUUCUUCUAGACUGGGACCCGAUUAGAGAGCUUACGCGGAAGCACCUGGAGCGCGAAGGCAUCAAGUUUGUCAGCGAGUACCCCAUCAGCCAAGAGCAGAAUCGCGGAAUCUUGAAGGUGUAUGGGCGAGGUGAAGACGCGCAUUUCCGCGUUUCCAGAGAGGCAACGGCUGAUCACGGCAACGUUGACAUGGGCGAUGACAACAUGUCGGACAUCGUCUCCUCUUCUCCCGCUGCGGAUUGGGGCCAGCUGGGCGGUCUGAGUCCCGGCGAUCAGAUUGAGUAUCGAGGCGGCGUUCUUGGCUCCGACGGAAACCCGGACUUCAGCGAGCACAAGAUCGCGCAGUAUGUGGAAAGCUUCAAAAACAACAUCUUGAACAUGCACCCCAUCAUUCAGCCGAAAGUCCUCGAUGAGUGGGUCCACCAGUUCUUGAACGAUCUUCCCACGGUCAAUCCAAAGCCGAAGCCCCAGCCGCUGAAGUCGGCUUUCGCCGUCUCUCAGCCACUCGAGGUCACAGGCUCCAAGAGAAAGCGAACCCCCGAGGCGGAUGGGCCUUCAACGCCAGGGCCUGUUCGGGUUGGCAAGCCGAGCCGUUCGAUCCACAGCGCGCUGGUCCUCAUCAUCAUUGCCCUCGGCAAAGUCUGCUUGCAUCAGGAGGAUGUGCCUGACGUGAUAUUCCCGGUCGACCCGAUCCCCCAUGGAAGCCCAGUUAGCCGCAACGGGGUGCCCCCAUCGCCAACGCAGGGAUCGCCUCCGGGAUUCUCAUCACACUCACAAUCCUCUGGCUUCCCCUCUCCCCGAGACCAGGAACGCGGUUACCAGAGCAGGAGAUCAUCUAUCCACGGCACCAGUGCGACUGUCCGCGCAGGGUACAGCCUGAAAAAGAACUACGAGGUGAUUCCCGGCCUGGAGUACUUUGCGCUGGCAACGGACAUUCUGGGAAACCACACGGGCGCGUACCAUAAUAUGAAGAAUGUCUACGCCAACAUUUUUGCUGGAUUGUAUCACGGCCAGCUUGCGCGCCCGCUGGAGAGCUUCGCCUUUAUCCACAAAGCGAGCCAUAAGUUGCAAGUCAUUAUGAGACCGAGUCUGGACAAGCUACGAAGGAUAAAGACCAAAAUGGAAUUCAUCCAAGAAACAAAGUACAACCAGCUUGCGCUCGCCUUUUGGACAUGUCUACAGCUAGAAAGUGACUUGAUUGCCGAGCUUCCACUGCCGCCUUCUGGCCUUUUGCAGUACGAGAAUGACAUGCCUCAGCCCAACAUGAGUCUUUUGCAAGGAUUCGACCAAAGAGUUGUAGACAGCUAUCCAGCGCAGCUCUAUCUCCGGACGCACUUGAACAGCAUCCACCGCAUGUUCUACUCCCCGGAUGAUUCCAGCAAACCCGAGGGGCUCAAGAACGUCGGGCUGGUGGCGGGUGGUGUCUCCGGCAUGCGAUGGGUCCCGGCUAGCUUCCACUUCAAUGAGACGGACCCCCCUGCGAAUGACAUUCUGUCGGCGCGUCUGAGAGGCAAGUAUUGGGGAGCGCAGAUGAUUACAUACCGGCCAUUCGUUCGGCAAAUCCUCCAGUGGUCCUUUGAGGUGAAACGUCACCCCUCGAGCCCCCACAUCCCCGUCAUGUCAGAAUACCGCGAUGGUAUCAUUGCGCCGUAUAUCCGCCCGGAUACCAAGACACCGAGCCAACUGGAUCCCUCCAUCAUCGAGCUGGCCCGAAAGGGCAUUGUGGCUUUGAUUGAAAGCACCAGGGCGUUUCAAGGGCUCGGGGAUAAGCGACCCAUCAUCACUAACGUGUUUGGCACGGCACAUGCUCAAUGGGGCAAUCUCCUCGUUCUCUCAGCAGCUUUCAAAGACCCUGUCUUGCACAAGUUUGUAGACGAAGGAGUUUUACGCCACUUAUUUACCAAGACGAUUGCGUUUCUCCGACAGUCGGCAACGCAUACGAGCUCUCUGAGGAUUGACAUGCACAUCUUGGAAGGACUUCAACGAGACCUAUUUCCCAUGGACGGAAGGACGGCCUCGAGUUUCUCCUCGAGCAAUCCAAGCCAUCAUACUCCCAGACUCCCGAUUGCAGCACCGCCCUAUGCCAACAGCGAUCCUAAUAUUGCACCACCACCGAUGGUGUCACCGCAGAUCGGAACGCCUUCGGGGCAGUAA